UCUAUUGACGUUUUGACGUCAAAUUUUAGCCGCAAAGUGGUAGCGGGAAUGUAGAAAGAAUCUCGUUUGUUGAUUCCAAGUGAUUGUACCUGAGCGAUACGACCUUAUAAAUACAUUUCACCAAACAGAAUGCCGCCAAGUAGCUUACGAGUGGUGUACGCGUUCGCCAGAGAAAUGCAUCCGAAAACAAGCGACGUUUUUAUAGAAUACGGCACCGCCGGAUUUCGCACAAAAGCCAAUUUGCUGGAACAUGUGGUGUAUCGCAUGGGUCUACUGGCUGUCAUACGCUCCCGCGUCAAGAACGGUCGUACGAUCGGUAUGAUGAUCACAGCAUCUCACAACUUGGAGCCAGACAACGGGGUUAAGCUGGUCGACCCUGACGGAGAGAUGCUCGAGCAGAGCUGGGAGGAGAUAGCCACUAGGCUGGCCAAUGUCAGUGACAAUGACUUAGAAUCAACAACUGCGGAGAUCAUAAAGCAGGUGAACGCGGACAUGUCACUCAAGGCGAGCGUAUUCAUCGGAAUGGACACCAGAUACACAAGCCCCCGUCUCGCCGCAGCGGCCGCGAACGGUGUGAUCGCAUUGAAAGGCACGCCGAAGGAGUUCGGCAUCGUCACCACACCCAUGCUGCACUACUGCGUCAAGUGCCGCAACGACAACACGUACGGGACACCCACAGAGGAAGGAUACUACGAGAAAAUAGUGGGCGCAUUCAAGAACAUACGUCAAAAGCUCUCCGUGUGGGGAGACUACGACACCACUUUGUACGUAGAUGGCGCUAACGGCGUCGGCGGCAAGAAGCUUAACAUCAUCAAAAAGAGUCUAGGCGGAGAGCUCGAUUUGAAGCUUUACAACUUGGGAGGGAACGGCGGCAAACUGAAUUUGAAUUGUGGUGCGGACUUCGUGAAGGUGUCGCAGAAGGCGCCGGUGGGCGUCGAGCACGCGCCCUUCCAGCGCGUCGCCUCGCUCGACGGUGACGGCGACCGCCUCGUCUACUACUACCUGGAUGACACAGACAAGAUGAACCUGCUAGACGGGGACCGCAUCGCGACAUUGCUGGCCAGCUACAUCACGGAGCUGGUGACCGCGAGCGAGGCGCAGGACAUACGGCUCGGGCUCGUGCAGACCGCGUACGCUAAUGGCGCCUCCACUGCGUACAUCACCAAGCAUUUGAAAGUGCCAGUAACAUGUGUGAAGACCGGCGUGAAACAUUUGCAUCACGCGGCGCUGUCGUACGACAUCGGAGUGUACUUCGAGGCUAACGGACACGGCACCGUCAUAUACAGUGACAAAGCUAAGAAAAUCAUCCGCAAGAUCGCUCAAGAAGGCGAGCCGGAGCAGCGUAAAGCGGCGCAACUGCUGUUAGACUUCGUAGAUAUAACGAACGAGACGGUGGGCGAUGCUAUCUCGGACCUGUUCCUCGUGGAGACCGUGCUGUGUGCCCGCGGGCUGAGUGCCGCGCGCUGGCUAAAGGCGUACGACGACCUGCCCUGCAGACAACUCAAAGUUACCGUCAAGGACCGCAACGCCAUCUCGACGACGGACGCCGAGAGGCAAUGCACGGCGCCCGAGGGACUGCAGACGCGCAUCAACGAGUUAGUCGCGCCGUACAAACAUGGCCGCUCGUUCGUGCGUCCGUCCGGCACGGAGGACGUGGUCAGGGUGUACGCGGAGGCGGAUACACAGGAGUCGGCGGACAAAUUGGCCGCAGAGGUCGCACAAGCCGUAUUCGACCAAGCCGGUGGAGUCGGCGACCGUCCCACACUGCCAGUGUAAACCCCCAGUACUGAUGUUCAGGCGUUACUGAUGUCUGCACUACGUUUAGAGCAUGUUUAAACGUUUUAUUGAUAAAAUUGGUUGAAAGUGAAAAAAAUAUAUAUUAUUAGGGUUUAGAGCAUAGUAAUAAUAAACCUUAAUACUUCGUGACCAAUUAUUAGUUUCUGCUCGCUGAGAUUACCUCAAUGCUAUAAUAAAAAACUGAACGUGCUCUAAAUGCAGUUAUCUAACAGUACAACGCACUACUAGUCUAAUCGGUUGAUAUCUUUAGGUGCGUAAUUUUUAUAUUCAAUUUCGGACCAAUAUUAUUUCGCCUUUAUUAUGCAGCUCUCUUGCUCAUGUUUGUAAACGCUAAUUCUAUGACGGUGCACGAUAUCGUAUUUUAUAGGGUAUUUUUAGUAUUUAAAGCUACAUUCAAAGUAUAUUAUGUGUUUCUAAGAAACAGUAGAAUAUUAUAAACCAUGUUGAAAAUAUACUUUAUGCUUUAUAAUAAAAGUGUAGAUUGUAGAUUGACCCAUUGUGUAACAUAAAUAUAGUAGAAAAUACAACUUAGAAGAAAAAACAAUUGGUAUCUGAAUUCUGAUAAAUUUUGUAUGUAGUAAUUUGCUAUUGCUUAGCCAAGAGAAUAGCUUCAUAGCGUUAAUUCUUGUAACAAUAUAAGUGCACCGUCAUAGAAUUCCAUCUAAAGUGAUGGUACUAAUAAAAAAAUCUCAAUAAAUAAAACAGUAACCUGCUCACAAAGUAGAAAUAUUAGCAGCUAGAAUAUGUAUCUCUGCUCAUAAUAGAUACUAAAAUAUAAGUAUAUUACAAGUAAAUCACAAAUAAAUGUUACGUUAUUUACUCAUACGAAUUAUUUAAAGGAAAAACACACUGCCUGUUAGCGAUAUAAUGGUUUAUAUUUCAUUUCUGUAGAAUAUGUCUGAAUGUAAUCAAUUAAUAUUUCCCAGCAGGUUAUAUAUCACACCAAAACCAGCUUUAAUGUACUUAUAUUUAGAUUCCUUUUACUAUAUUUUUUUUUAUCUUAAAAGUUUGGAGUAAUCUAGUAAAUCGUGAAAAUAAUUUCAGUUUGUUGAUAUUUUGGACAAAUUCUAUCUAAAUGAAGUUUAGUGAUAUUUUCAGAAUAUAUUUUAAAACUUAACAGCACAGUUCUGUAAACAAAUAAUUGUAAUCACAAGAUGUUAUUUUUCUGACAAUAUUUUAUAGCCACCAUGCACAAUGUCCAAGAACAAUAUUAUGCUAUUUUAUAUUGGAGAUUCGUUCAUUUUAUUAAAUUUAAUUAUCAAUUAUAAAUUAAUAUUUUACUGUAUUUUAAUAAUUGAUCUUAAUAAAUAUUGUAAAGAUGUGUACACAGUACAAUUAAAUUCAGUAGUGAAAAGAUUGUUGUAUUUUAUUAAAAGUAAAUUCUUUUUAAAAUGUUGAAGUGCCAUGGGCAGAGAUUAAAUUAAGGUAAGAUCGGUUAGAAUAGAUCGAAAAUGUCUAGACAUAAAACGAGAACAAAUUGUAUAAGGAUUGAAAAUUUAAUUGUUAGUGAAAUUGUCAACUGUCAAACUUUCCCAAAUCGAUAUCUGCGCGUUUUGAUUCCAUUUUAAAUCGAUAUAUAAAUGCUAUUAAAAAAUAAUGUCAAACAAUAUGCUAUAUUAAUAAAAGAUCCCAAUCUCAAUUGAUCACAAGUAUGUGUGAGCAUGUCAAACUUUAUUUGGUGAUUGAUUCAUUCUCACUUGUAGAGACUGUUCAUAUGAAACAAGCCGAUAAUGUUAUACGCCCUAUUAUUGCACACUAUAAAAUAUAUACUUGUUAUGAUACACCUACCAUGUCAAUAAAUUUAAUCACUUUGGGAAAGGUUGACAUUUUCAGCCUUAUUGAGUUGUGUGAGAAUGGGUGGUACAAUUGGCCAUACAUUUGUAAAGGCAAUUCCAUUGUUAAAUCUAAAAAAUGUUCUCUUGUGGGUUACGAAGUGUGCAAGCAUGGAAAAUGAAGGUUUACAUAUUAUCCGUUAUCAAUAUAAUACAUUUUUCUCAUUCGUCCUAAAUGACAAUAUAAUAUUGUUACAUGAAAGAUAAGCUUAAAAUUGCAACCUGGUAUAAACAUAAAAGUUUAAUUAAAAAAAAAUAAUGAAUAACUACUGCCUGCCUCUUUUGAGAAUAUUUGUACCAUUAUUGAGGAAAGAAAAAAAAUUAAAUUACUAAGUAAUCUAUUUUAUAACUUUCGCAAGUUUACUUUAGUUGGUUAGUAUAGCCGACAGUUUAUAAAAAUAUAUUUAUUAACGACGUAUUACGUUUUUUCCUUCUCUAAAUAUGCUGUACUGUUCAUUAUGGUACGCUACUUUUAUUAAUUUACGUGCGGAAAUGUCUUUUUAAGGACAGUAUCCGAACAUGUUACCAACAGUCCAAAUAACCUCCGAGCGAAAGGGAGAAUCAAGCUCAAAAUUCUUUAAAACCAUGUGGUCUUUGAUAAUGUGAUAAAUGGUACUUGUAGAUGUUUUGCGGCACUGGACGAUUAUCUUAUCUCACGUCUCGCAGUGUCACGAUACCAAUGUUUCAAAUCGCCUGAUGCGCGAAUAACUGAUAACUAUGAAACACUGACACACCCAGCUAUUGGAUUACAAUUUGAUCACUAACAUCUCUGACAAAUAAAACAUUGAAACUGUAGCCGCAAAUUGUCAUGUUACUGAUUACCUAAAUCAAUAUUCAUAUGAUUUACCAUUAAAAAUGAUUUCAUUAAGAAAAAACAUAAUCGUUAAUUAUGGUCAAUAAAAGUACAAAAAUAUAUAUUAUCAUAUUGAAUCUAUAAGUUUGUUGUAAAUUUACUUAAUCUGGGUAUGAAUAUGUGUGUAAACCCGGUGCUGUCUAGGCCUUAUUGAUAAUAUACACGGCUAUUUACGUAUUUUCUCUUCAUGUUGCGGUUUUGUUUAAAAAUAUUUCCUCGUGUGCAAUUGUUGUGUGGUUGUAUUCAGUUUAUGCUAUUAUAUUUAAUUAAAUAAUUAUUUACUAA